UGACGGAUUCAGGAUCAGGAGGGGAAACGAGGGGAAAGCAGCGCAGGGAACCGGAGGCAGAGGAAAAAAAAGCCCCAAACCGAGCGGGACUCUGUGAUGUAUCCGGGGGGCUGGUGAGCCCGACAGAGACCGUAACAACCCCCCCUCCUCCUCCUCCUCCUCCCUGCUCGGAGCUCGGACCGCCGGAGACUCUCCCGGCCGGACAGACAGGAGCGGCUGGCCGGAGACCAGGCACCGAUCCCGGAUGGCUAGGCGCGGCUGCUCUCCCCCGCCGUGACCCGGGGAGGGGGACAGGACCUCGGCCACAGCCCCGUGACGUCCACGUGAGCCUCUCCGGCUGCUGCUCUCUCCACCAGGUCUGUGUGGCUCCUAAUCCAGGCCCGUCCCCUCCUUUUUUCCUGCGUAAACACACAUGGGGAACCAUGGCUGGGUCCGACUGAGGAGCCGUCGGGGUUAUGGGAUGUAGCGGGACUGAGCAGUGACCCCCCCACCCCCCGGUUAUUGCGAGGAAACGCGCUGCGUUCAGGAGCAGGAGCAGGACCAAGACCCUAAACACACACACACACACACACACACACACACACACACACACACACACACACACACACACACACACACACACACACACACACACACACACACAGCACCAUGCCGGUGUUCAGCGGGCUGCUGAAGGUGCGGGUGUGCGAGGCCGUGGACCUGAAGCCCACCCCGUGGGCGCUGCGCCACGCCGUGGGCAAGAGCGGCUCCUUCCUGCUGGACCCGUACCUGGCCCUGAACCUGGACCAGACCCGCCUGGGCCAGACCCAGACCCGCACCAAGACCAACAGCCCCGCCUGGAACCAGGAGUUCUGCACCGAGGUGCGGGAGGGCCGCAGCCUGGAGCUGUCCGUCUUCCACGACGCGCCCAUCGGAUACGACGACUUCGUGGCCAACUGCACCAUCCAGCUGGAGGACCUGCUGCAGAACGGAACCCGCCACUACGAGGACUGGAUUGACCUGGAGCCGGAGGGGAAGGUGUACGUGGUCAUCGAUCUGUCCGGAUCCUCCACUGAGGCCUCGGGCACCAAUGACAAUGAGGAGCGGGUGUUUCGCGAGAGGAUCGGCCCUCGCCGGCGGCAGGGCGCUGUCCGGAGACGCGUCCACCAAGUCAACGGGCACAAGUUCAUGGCCACCUACCUGAGACAGCCAACCUACUGCUCGCAUUGCAGAGAUUUUAUAUGGGGCGUCCUGGGGAAGCAGGGGUACCAGUGUCAGGUGUGCACGUGUGUCGUCCACAAGCGCUGCCAUGAGCUCAUCAUCACCAAGUGUGCUGGGAUGAAGAAGCAGGAAGACACAGCUGAGGAGGUGGGCUCACAGCGGUUCAGUGUUAACAUGCCUCACAAGUUCAGCAUCCACAACUACAAGGUUCCCACCUUCUGUGACCACUGUGGCUCCCUGCUGUGGGGCCUCAUGAGGCAGGGCCUGCAGUGCAAAGUGUGUAAGAUGAAUGUGCACAGACGGUGCGAGACCAACGUAGCUCCCAACUGCGGUGUGGACGCCCGAGGCAUCGCCAAGGUGCUCUCUGACCUGGGAGUCACACCUGACAAGAUCUCCAACACAGCACAGCGCAGGAGGAAGUUGACUCCAGGGCUGGACCCUCCCCAGUCUCCUCCUGAGCUCUCCCACACCGAGAACAGCUUCAGCCCCCCAGCUGUCCCCACCUCGCCCUCGCAGCAAGACCUGGCGGAGUUAGAUCGCCUGCAGGACGCGCUGUCGCUCGACCAGCAGGGACCCCAGCACUCGUCUUCUUCCUCCUCCUCCACCAACUCGUCUUCGUCGACCUCUUCCUCGGCAGUCCGGGAGAACGGACAGAGCCAGAGGAGGAACCUCAAGGACUUCAACUUCAUCAAAGUUCUGGGCAAAGGCAGCUUCGGCAAGGUGAUGUUGGCAGAACUGAAGGGGACGGAGGAAGUUUACGCCGUCAAGGUUUUGAAGAAGGACGUGAUCCUUCAGGAUGACGACGUGGACUGCACUAUGACAGAGAAGCGCAUCCUGGCCCUCGCCCGCCGCCACCCCUACCUCACCCAGCUGUACUGCUGCUUCCAGACGCGGGACCGUUUAUUCUUUGUGAUGGAAUACGUGAACGGAGGAGAUCUGAUGUUCCAGAUUCAGCGGUCCAGGAAGUUCGACGAGUCGCGCUCACGUUUUUACGCUGCAGAAGUCACGUCCGCCCUUAUGUUCCUGCAUCGUAACGGCGUCAUAUACAGGGAUCUGAAGUUGGAUAACAUCCUCUUAGACGCAGAGGGCCACUGUAAGCUGGCAGACUUCGGGAUGUGUAAAGAGGGCAUCAUCAACGGCGUGACCACCACCACCUUCUGUGGCACUCCUGACUACAUCGCUCCUGAGAUCCUGCAGGAGCUGGAGUACGGCGCCUCCGUGGACUGGUGGGCGCUGGGCGUGCUCAUGUACGAGAUGAUGGCCGGCCAGCCACCGUUUGAAGCCGACAAUGAAGACGACUUGUUUGAGUCCAUUCUCCACGACGACGUCCUCUAUCCCGUGUGGCUCAGCAAGGAGGCGGUCUCCAUCCUCCGAGCGUUCAUGACGAAGAACCCGGCCAAGCGUCUGGGCUGCGUGGUGAGCCAGGGCUGCGAGGAGGCCAUCAAGGCCCACGCCUUCUUCAGAGAGAUCGACUGGCUUCUGCUGGAGCAGAGAAAAGUGAAACCCCCCUUUAAACCACGCAUCAAGACCAAGCGGGACGUGAAUAACUUCGACCAGGACUUCACCAAAGAGGACCCCGUGCUGACGCCCACCGACGAGGCCAUCAUCCGACAGAUCAACCAGGAGGAGUUCAAAGACUUCUCCUACUGUGCUCCUGAAGAGACGCAGACCUAACACACACCCACAUCCAACAACACUAAACCUGGCAUGCUUGUACACACACACACACACGAUCACUCCUUUACUUUAAAGCUAUUGGUUGUUGUUACUUUUGAAAUAUUAUUUACUUGUUGUUCUUGUUGCCUGGGUUUAUUAUGAAUAUGACUAUGAAAAUAACUAUGAAUAUGCACACCUGCACACGCUCUCACACUUUGAACGCAGUUUUACACACCAACACUACACGUUUGACAUGCUCCCACGCACGCCCUCGGGCUCGGACAGAACCAAACACUCACACUUCAACACCGCUUCUUCGUCCGGCACCGGGUCACCGGCGCCCGCGUGGACCAGAGGUGCUGAGGCCUGUACAUAGCCUGUGUCGAGUGGCUGUAUCGUGUCGGUAUCGUCUGCUAGUGACGGAGCGUUGUGGCGCAUGGACAAGCACCCUACCUGUUUUAUUACUGUCCUUAUUGUUGACCAGUUAGGGCCAAACUCCCUUUGUGCAAUACCAUGACUAUCUAUAUAUUUUAUGGAUUUUCUUGUGUUAUAUUUUUGUUUUUUUUCCCCUUUUUCAUAGUGAUGGACUGAUGAUAUGAAGCUUUCACUGUCACUCUUUGUCCUCCUGUCAUGUGUGUGUAUUAUACAUACAUGCACACACACACACACACACACACACACACACACGCAGAUACAUUACAGACCAAAAGUUUGGACACACUUCCCCAUUUGUUUGAAUGAGAAGCUGUGUCCAAACUUUUGGUGUGUAAUGCAUGUAUGUA